CGCACGGCGAGGUUUCCGUGUCAGCCUAGUUUGAGACAUUAUCACCCGAAACAUGAGCCUAGACUCUCUCUUUCAGCACAUUUUACUGACCGAGCAGCAUGUGUCGGAGAACACCCGUCAGCUUCAGGAAGCUAAAGCGGCCAUCCUCACGGCGCAGGAGGAAAUAAAGUCUUUUACUGAAAAGCUGGACCUUGCACAUGUUAAACAUGAUGAGAAGGCCCAACUCCUGUCAGAAGCUACAAUGGACCUGCAUCUGACCAAGAAGCAAUAUGAGCAGUUGGAGAAAACAAGAGGGGAACUGGAGAUUGAGCAGAGUGCCUGCACACAGAAGCUGGAACGACUGCGAAGAGAGUCGGUGGAGGAGAAAGCGAAGUUCAUGAAGGAGAUCAUGACCUUCAACAAUGACUUCAACCUGUUGAGCAACAGGGAUUUAGUGUUCCAGAGCCGGACCAGAUCUGAAAUACAGAGCCUUCAACUGGAAGCAGACACCCUGAAUGAAGUGGUGGAGGUGAUGAGACAGAAGAACCCACAGCUGGUCUCCAAGAAGUCGGAGCAAGGGUCAUUAGAGACGGCACUUCAAGAGCUGAAGUUGCAGGUGACAGAGCUGGAGAGAGAGCUGGAGGAAGCACUGGCUCUCGCAGAGUCUCUGAAGACUGAAAGACUGGUGGUCAGUCAAAAACCCCUCACAGACAGCACCUGCCUCAGACUUAAGAAAGAGCUGGAGACCUGUAAGGAUGGGGAGCUGGAGCUGCUGCGUGAGGCUCUCAGCACUGAAAUUCAGUUCCUGCGUUCAGUAAACAGCUUCCCUCUUUACACAAGUUACCUUAAUCCACUGCUUAUGAACAACAUUAGGUCAUAGUUUUCCCAUCCAAUAAUAUUAGCAUAUUUGAAAGCCAAUGACUAUUAAUGAUUAUAAGUACAAGACAUUUUAUAGCUGGUAACACUGAUAAAAUUGUGUAAUUGAUCUAAAUUUUUAACCAGUUGGUUGUUUGUGUGGUAAUACUUAAACACUUAACACAUCCCUUGGCAGAAAUUAUCACAGAAGAACAGAAGUGUAUGCUGAAACUGGUUUCUCGAGAUAUAAACGUGAUUUCAAAAGGUAUGUUAAAAGCAGAAAAACCAAACACCACGAUUUGAUGUUUCUGUUCACAGGCCUUGUUUGUUUUCAUGCCCUAUGAUUCAUCACACUUUGAGCUCAUUUCCCCUUUGCUACAUAAAACAUGCUGUUAGAACAACACAGUUUGUUCUGAGUAGAAGUACAUUUCCAUCUUUGUGAAUCACAUGUGGAUGCACUGUACUAUUUCUGUUAUUGCUCACUUUAGCUGUUUGGAAGCCUGUCCUCUAGUGGUUGAAGUUAAAAUUGACAAGGCUCACGUUUACUGCCCACUCUGAGAUGGAGAAAUAUAGUGGUAGUGGUAUGGCAGUGGUCACUGACUCAGUAAAUAAUAAUUAUUAUAGUUAAUAAUGCUUUCAGAAUUUCAUAAUGUAAAAGUUGUGUUCAUUUGUGCAAAGUAAACUCCACAAAAUCCUUAAAAUCCUCAACAACUGAAAUCUAGUAUAUGUAAUA